AUUAGAUGAAACCAACAGAAUUCUAAAGUUUUCACAGAACAAGGAGAAACAUUUAAUUGAAGAGAGAAAUGGGAUGCUGGGGACCAUCAGUUCUCUCCAAAACAAUUUACAGCAACACACUGACACUCGAGUUGAAAAUGAGAAGCUGAAAAAUAUUAUUCUUGACUUGAAGAAACAAAAUGAAGCACAAGUAAAGGAGAGCUGUACUUGUAUUCAGAGGCUGGAGGCAGAGAUGAAAGCUCUACAAGAGCAACACCAGAGGGAGCUGGAUGGCUUUACUAAGGAAACACACAGGAAAUUGGAAUCUAAAGCUGUUGAAAUGAAAGAGGCGCUGGAGAGAAAGGAGAGUACUUUGGAGGAGAUCAGAAGGAAAAUAAAGGACCAGGAGAAAGAAAAGCAAAGUGAAAUCAUAAAGCUACAAAUGGAGUUCAGUGCUAGGCUUGCAAGGGCCCAGAGUAUGUCAGUUAAGACCCAACAGCAACCACAAGGUUCUGGACUCCUUGCUCAGAACAUCUUUAAAAGAAAGUUGCAGGCCCUGCAGGAGGAGAAGAACAGAGAAAUUGAGGCUCUACGUCAGAGAGUGAAAGCGAUGGAACAGCAAAGUCUGCUUGGUUUCUCUGAGUCGUGUCUGAAGAAGAAGAGAAUUUAAAUAGCCUGUGCUAGCUAUUGUAGCAUUGUACCCCGAUUUAUUCCACAAAUGUGGUACAGUGUUGAUUUGUUAAUUUGUUACACAUCGCAUAAUACAUUUAAUUGUUAUCUUGAUUUGAAUUUUGAAUAAUGCGUAUAUAAAAUAUUUUGUAUUUUUAUUAAUUGUCCAGGAGAAUGAGCAUUGCAAGGGUCAAAAAGUGAGUCGGCAUUGGAGCAUGUUCAGCUGUGUUUAUCAUGAAUAAACACAGCCACUGCACUAUUGAAAACCUACUAUCUAUUAGAAACACCUUAUUAAAUCCUUAAACACCUCCUUAAACACCUCAUUUCAGUGCAACCUAUGUCUGUAUUCACUUUUGAUCUAGUUCAAUAAAUGUAUCAAUAAAGGACAGUAUGGGGUGGGGCUUUUUUAGUACACAAAAAGUGCUUCCUGUUCCUUCUCCACAUAUGUGCCCAGGAAUUAUUAAGUACACAUUAUGGAAACAUGGAAAACGCUGCCUCCUUCAAAGAAAGGAGCAAUCACUCAUUUAUAUCUAGUAUAUAUUGCAUAUACACCUGCUUAUAAUCUUAAAACAGUGUUAAAACACAGACUCAAAUUAAGACUUUAGGUGUCUUACUGAUGCAAAUUUAAACACUGUCAAAGCAGAAGCAUGGCAUGUUGAAAUAAAACCUUUUGAUGGAUAUCAUGCAUAUGCAUUUUCAGUGUAUGUAUUAGGAGUGCAUUUAUAUUGUUCAUAUUAGAAGAGAAGCUCAUACCUAAAUGUGAAGAAGAAUAAAUGCCCGAGAGGCAUUUAUUAGUUACUUAGGGUUUACCAACAUAAUGGUUUAAUGUUUAAGGGUAUUCUGAUGUCAGUAGCAUGCCAGAACAUAUCCAAUA